ACAGAGGCACGAUAGUAUGUGGGGAGGCUUUCAUGCAAAACACAUGUGUUUUCAAUUGCUAUCUGGAGCCAGACCAGUAGCUGUAACUUGGCCUGACAAAGCUUCAUUGAAGUAAAAGACAGAGUGUGGUUUCAAAGCAGCUAGAGAAAGAAGGGGAAUCUGUUCAGGAAAUUCUUCGGGCUGGGCAGGGACUUGGCCACGGUUCUGCUGCUGGAAAAUCUGACAGGGGCAGCUUCUGAACCCAGGGUAGGCCUGGCGCUCCUCUGAAAGCAACAGGGCACCUUCCCCUCUUGCCUUCUCUUUGGCAUAUCCCGGAUUUUGUUUUGGGCUUUGGGCUUCCUGCCAGAAGAGAUGCCUCAGGAACAGUAUGCCCAGAGAAGCACCAUGCAGAGCUCAGAAGGACCACAUGUAUACAAAGUGGGAAUUUAUGGUUGGAGGAAGAGGUGCCUCUAUUUCUUUGUGCUACUUCUAAUGAUUUUAAUCCUGGUGAAUCUUGCUAUGACCAUCUGGAUUCUCAAAGUUAUGAAUUUCACAAUUGAUGGAAUGGGAAACCUAAGGAUUACAGAAAAAGGUUUAAAGCUAGAAGGAGAUUCAGAAUUCUUGAAACCUCUCUACGCCAAAGAAAUCCGGUCCAGGACAGGCAACCCUCUGUACUUCCAGUCUGCUCAAAAUGUUACAGUGAACAUUCUCAAUGAGGAGAGUAAAGUUCUUACACGUCUGGUAACAGGUCCCAAAGCAGUGGAAGCCUACAGCCAAAAAUUUCAAGUGCUAACCACUUCAGGGAAAUUAUUAUUUUCUGCAGAUGAUAAUGAAGUGGUCGUUGGAGCAGAAAGGCUGAAAGUUUUAGGAGCAGAAGGCACAGUGUUCCCCAAAUCUAUAGAAACUCCUAAUGUCAGGGCAGACCCCUUCAAGGAAUUAAGACUUGAGUCUCCGACACGCUCUUUGGUGAUGGAGGCUCCCAAGGGAGUUUUGAUCAAUGCUGAGGCUGGCAACCUGGAAGCGACGUGCAGGACGGAGCUUAAGCUGCAAUCCAAAGAUGGUGAGAUAAAGUUGGAGGCUUCAAAAAUCAAACUACCUAGAUUGCCUCAGGGAUCCUACUCCCCUUCUGGAUCCAGUCAAAAAAUCUAUGAGCUCUGCGUAUGCUCCAAUGGGAAGCUGUUUCUGUCCCAGGCUGGAUCUAGCUCCACCUGCCAGAUAAAUCCAAGUAUCUGCCUUUGAAAGAGACUGUUUGCAGCAGGUUUCAUGGCAAGACAGUUCAGCUACCACUUAUUUUUGCUAGAACACAGAAAGCCUAUCAAAGACUUGUGUGUAUGUUUGGGGGGAGGGGACGUGUGCGUGCAUGUGUGUGUGUGUGAAUAUAUAAAUAUAUAGAUAUAUAUAGAUAUAAGUAUAUAUAGAUAUAUAUAUCCUUUCCAUAAAAUGAGGUUUCAAUACAAGAAAUUCCAGGGUGACCCUCUUGGUGUAACAUUUAUCAUUCCUGCAUCAAAACGUAAGAACUUUGAGUGAAUUGGAUGCAGAUCCUUUUCGGAAUAUUCAGAUUGUUGAAUGUAUGUCUCCAUUUGUCAAGGUUUUCAAGCCUCUCCAAAUUUAAUGGCUAGUUCACAUGUAACAAUUAAUCCUCAUAACUCUAAGGAUAAAUUCUAUCAUGACACAAGAGACUGUACCCAUGUUUAAUCUGCCAUGUGUAAAGGCACUAAACUGCAAUUGUGGCUUCCCCAGGUAUCUGUGAAAGGGAGAUAGAGAGAUUACAUUUAUAUGAAGCUGAACACAAUUCCUAUGUUGUUGGUUCUUCUAUGGCCAUUUAGAUAUCUGCAUCUGUGGAGAAAGAAUAUUGUGUAUAAAGACAACCUAAACAUGAAACCAAAAAACAAAACUGAACUUAUAGCAGCCCUCCUCUGAUGACUCAUGAAGGUAAGAAACCAAAAAGGAAGGUAGAAUAUAUCCAAAUUACAAGUAAAGGCUUUCAGUAAACAGAAGAACAGAACUAGUUUAAAACAUAUAUAAAACAAACCAGUCUCGGAGCAGUUUACAUAGUCAGCAUAUUGCCACCAACAAUCUGGCGGAAGGAUGGAAGGCUGAGUCAACCUUGAGCCAGUCAGGAUCAAACUCCAGGCUGUGAGCAGAGUUAGCCUGCAAUGCUGCAUUCUAACCACUGCUCCACCACAUAUCAUAUCAUCAGAAGAGGCUUCAAGAUGGGCCUGGGAGUGGUGUCUUGGAGGCAAACCAUCUGAUCAUUACAAACAUUCCCUGCAAAAAAAAAUUCCUAAAAAUAACUCUAAAAAAUAAUGAUUAAGGAACAAUGGCAGCAGCAAAAAGAAAAACCUCUUUAAUUGUACUGUUAAAACCAAAAGCCUAAAAUGAAUUACACUUCAGAAAGGGUGAUAGGAAGCAGGUGAGUUGUGUUCUAUCCACCACUACUCUGCACCUUCUAUCAUGGGAAAGGCACGUGAUUCAUGAAAUUGAUUCCUUAGCUGAUCCCCAAAUGCAUUUUAAUAAUCUAGGAAACAGAACUGGUCUAUACUUUCUGAGAUUUAGGGGAACACAUGAGUUAUUGGUUACUUUUCUAACAAGCUUCAAACUUCAAGCCAGCUUUCAGGCUUUCUGAUCUGGAGCACAACAAGAACGUCCUAGCAAGUCAGUUGAAUUUAGUUUAGGUAACAUUCUCACUGGUUUCAAUAGUUUGGAUUAAGCCAUUUCUAAAUAUAAUUAGGUGCUUCAAGUCAUUGGUUAAAAAGACUUGAAGACACCAGUAAAGUGCACUUUUCAUGGACAGUAAAACGUGUAGUUACAGAUUACAUUUGCAGUGCAAUCCUAGACAUUCUUACUCAGAAGUAAGGUCAAAUAUGCUCUAUGAGGUUUACCUCCUCAUAAAAUAUAUUUAAGGGUGCAGCCUUAAUUAUGAUAUUAAGUCUUUAAUGCAUUGGCUAACUCAGUGGUUGUUGCAAAGUACAUUUUGAGCUACUUAAAUGCAAGGGGGUCACCCAGGAUAAUAAUUGUAUUGGGACACAACUAUAUACCAUCUCUGUUAAAAGAGGGAGACUUGUGCCUAUGCCUUAAGUCAAUGCACUCAGCAAGGAGAAGCACAUCAAUAUUUAUCUUAUUAUUAAAACCAUUUUAUCUGAUAUUUUAGACUAAAUGUUGGAAAGAAUGGUGACUGCAGUGUUUGGAAGAUGAAUGCGGACUUAUGAGGUAGACUUACUAAAACUGCCAAGGCUCAGAGGCACUGGUAACCUCAAUCUUAUUUUUGUCUGAGUAAUGAACAUCUAAAUUUAUACUGAAGGUACAACUUCAAAUCAUCAAAUUGUGAACUGUGUUUUUGCUUUUGUUGUUCAUUUCAUACUGAAUAAUGAUUCACUGUAAGACCCAUUUCAUUAAGGAACAUUUGUCAAGAUGCACAAGAUGGUAAAUGAGCUUAGUGCUGAAAAGGAAAAUAGUCAUAUUGCAAUGUGACGAGGUUUUAUCUUUUCUUCUACCAUCAAUUUUACUGAUAAGGAAAGAAACAAUGAAAUGAACUGCAGGUGUCUGGAUAUUUGCUUCUUUAUUUCUGAAGGGCUUAACUUUCUGCUAGUUUAGUCUGUAUGUUAAUUUGGUUCCUGAUCUUUAGUUUAGCUGUUAACUAAACUGACAGUAAUGAAGAAUGUUUAUAGUGAGAGAAGAAAUACAAUAGCAAAAGGCAAACAAGUCAUUCACAACAGCUAUCAAAUAGUCUUUAGCAGUGCUUUUUAAAAAAAAAAUAAUAAAAGGUGCCGGAACUCACACACGUCAUACAACCCGACUUGCUUACCCUACAACGUUCCAUCCAAAAAAGGUGCUGGAACUCUGUUCUGGGCGUUAGAUUAGAUGCCGAAUUUAGUUAGUAAUUUAAAUUAGACUCCCCAUAAACAAAUGCUAAUCACAUAAACUAGACUGUAAAGUCCCUUAAUUCAACCAACAUAGCCAUUAAUGAACAUUGGGUUAGAGAAGGCUGUCUUAAAAUAUGGGAGAAGUUUGCCAUCCCAAAGCAACAAAAGCUCUCACUGAAAAAGAUGGUUAUUUGCUUCCUUUGCUAAACACUACUAGGCUUUAAGUUAUUGUUCUUUUAAAAUCAUAUGUAAGAAGGUGUGUUGAUAUUUGUAAAAUUACAUAUAGUCAUAGAAAACAUUUCCUCUUUCUUUGCUCUUUCCCAGUCUAAGUUGUAGGAAGCUUAAAUCUUCAAAGUAUGAUUUACGCAGUGUAUAAUUGUACAUAAAAUCCCAACAAUAGUAUGACUGUCAUUUUUUUUAACAGCAAUAGUGGUUGUAACAACACACCAUGCUUUUACAAUUAGCUUUCUUAAAGAUGGCUCAGAUACUUGCCUGCGUUGCUGGUAAAUUUAUCAAAUCAGUCAUCAGAAAGAUGCCAUACUCCAAACUAUUCCAAUUGUUGAAAAGUUAAAUCAAUAACUUUUCCCCAUUGCACUCUAUAUUGUUUUUUUUUCAAAAGAAACAAUUUCCAAUAACAAACAAAAUAUGUUCGAAGUGUUAGGAUUCAGUAUUAAAAUAAGUAAUUGGUAAUUUUUAGAUAUAUAGGGAUCAAUUGUAAUUAUUGAUCUAUUUGUAUACUCAGAUUUUAAUCAGUCACAAAUACCUUCCAUAUAAAGUUAAGAUUUGUACCAAUGUCAGUGUUUUUAAAUAAGGCAUUAUAUAUCAACAGUUUGGACACAUACACAGUAUGUUUUAUGAAUACUUUAAAAAACUGAUAUGUCUAACAAAUGUUUAUUAUUUUAAUACUGUAUAACAUUAGUUUCUAGAUAUUCCUCUAUCUCUCCAAUUCUAAUUUUAAAAGAUAUUGCUACAGGCUUCUGUGGAAAGUAAUUGCAAGAAGAAGAAAAAACCUCUUACUCUAAAGGGAUUGUUGCUGACAUAUUACUUAUAUUAUUAUGUAUUUAUUACUUGUAAUAAUUACAUAUUAUUACACCUCAAAUUUUAUUAAUGAUUGCUCCAGGAAAAAAUGCCCAGUUUUACCAUUUAAUAACCAUGGAGUUUGAUGAACUCUACAGAAGUCUUGGUGGAUUUAUUUUACUUUAUUGGCUUUAUCUGAUUAUUUCAGUCCAAGAAAGGUUGGUAUGCUAUCUUCACUAGCAUUUUUGUCCAUUUUUCUCUCAAUGGCCACUAGUAUUCAUUUUUGAUUGACAGGAUGAAGAAAUAUGAAUGGUGGAUUUCCACUGAAGUCAGGCUAAGAGAAGAAUAGGCUGAAAUGCUAGCUAUGGGUAUCCAAAGGCUUUUCUCAGUAAGGAUUUAGUAUCAGCAACUUUAGUUGAUAUUCUUCCAUCCACAUUAGUUAAAUGUAAAUGAUUUCAAGCAGUUGCAAUGUUAUUCAUUUUACAUUACAGCUAUUUCUUUUUGAUAUACUUAAAAUUUCUUCUUGUUAUAUUUAGUAUACCUGAACCAACCAUAAACUCCAUGGUUAAAGAAGAUAGGCCUGCAGUAUUUUCAGGGACAAUUUAAAACAAUUUCACGUCUGGGAAGUAUGGUAAACAUGGUUAAUAUCAAUGGCCUGUACAGUAGUAACCUAAUCCUAUUAACUGGAAACAGUUUGCAUUAUUUUCUGAUUUGGUUUGAUUCAACAAUCAUUGUAAUCUUGAAGUUGAAAUGAAAAGUUAUCAUUUAGAAAAUGGUCACAAUGAAAUAAUAUUCUUAAAAAUAGAAUACUAUUUGGAUGAUGGUUAUUUAUAAUUAAACUAAUUAUAAAUUAAACCAAUUAUAAAUUAAUUAAAUUAAAUUAAUUAAACCAAAGCUGCCACUUAAUGAAAGAUUUGCUAUGAAAAGCUCCCAAAAUAUCAAGCAUACACAAAUUGCAUACAGAUACAGUUGCUAGUGAUCAUGUUGUUGGGUACAGUACAGUCAUUGUUAAUCUCAUAUAACAUGUCAACUAUCUAUAAAAUCAUGGAACAACUUAUCUUACAAUAGUAUAUCCAUACCUACAUAAGCAUAGGACUGGAUACAUGUAGCCUACAUAAGAUGACAUUGAAAUAAGAUACUGUAUGAUAACAGUACAGAGGAAAGUGUGGACUUGUUCUGUGUCAUCCCAGAGGUUAGGGCCAGUACCAGUGGACUGAGACUACAAGGAAAAAGAUUCAGUUUAAUAAUGAGGAAGACUUUCCUGAGAGUAAGAGGCUGUCAACCAAUGCAAUAGAUUGCCCAUGCAGUGUUAAAUUUCCCUUUGCCAGGAGUUUUUUAAAAAAAGAAUGGCUAGUCACUGUCUAAAAAGUUUUAGCAGAUCUUGUAACAAGCAGGAUAGUUUUGCUCUGCCUGCUAUUUGAAAUCCCUCUAAUUUGAUAGUUACAAAGCAAGGAUCAAUAGUACCCAUGGAUACCCCAGUAAAGGGUGCUGAGAGUCCUUUCCUUCCAUGAACACAUUUUAAAGCAUUUUGGUUUUUUUAAAAGUAAUGAAUAAAAAUUGAGAAAAAUCAUGAGAUAGCCAACUCUUCCAACAUGUGUUCAACACACUGGUGCCCACCACGUGGGAAAGUUUUGAAUUCUUGUCUAGAAUUUUAAAAUUCAUGCAUUCUCAUGCACAAACUUUGGCUUCAUAUAAAGUUAUUAUUUCCUAUUAUUGCUUAUUGUAGUACAUUUCUGUUUGAUCGAUUACGUUAUAAAUGAGCACUAAAAUCAAAAUUAAGCAAGAGGCUUAAUUUUGUAUUAUAGUAUUAUAGUUCCAAUUGUUCUUUAAUGCUGAUGCUUCCCUAGUAGUAGAAUUUAAAGACUCUGUGUAUUUGGAGUCAUUCUCUGGCAGACAAGUAGCCUAUUAGGCCUAUAACAUCUCUCUUCAAGUCUUGGUUGCUUUCUAGAAAUUUGCAUAACUUGAAGCUUGCUCAGUUGGAUGUAUUUAUUGAAGUUGGUCUUUGUGCUAAUUACAUAAAAAGCUGAAUUACAGAAUGGCAAAUCAAUUUUAGACUUACCUGUGGUUGAAUAUUUAUAUACAGUACCUUAAUAGUUUCUACUUGUGGUUUUAAUUCCUAAGAUAAGGAUUAAACUUCAGGUAUAGCAUUGGCAUGUCUGACACUGAGUUGGAAGUAGCUUCAGUGUGACAUGGAAACCCUAAUUACAAAGCUCAUAGACUUGCAAAAUGUAAGAGUGCAACCCAUUCUUGAACAGCCGGUAACAAAAUCUAUUUGGAAUUUAAAUCCAUGUUUUUUUAAUCCUACUUUCUGCAUCAAAUUGGAACAAUCUACUCUGUCUUGCAUUAUAGCCGAUCAAAAAAUAUCUAUCACGUCUUCUCGCAAUCUUCUCUUCUGCAGGCUAAACAUACCAAUCAUUCCUCAUCCUAGCCAUUUUUUUCCUUUUUUUAAAAAAAAAAUCUGCUCUUCCUGACAGUUCAAAUCUUUUUUCACAUAUGUUGCGGUAAAACAAGUUGAAAAAGCUGUAGCUUGUAUUCCUAAUUAAUAUCAUUUAAAAGGUAAAUAACAUACAUAGAUUUAAGGGGAUUUUGAAAUAUUUCUGAUGUGGAAGAAAUUGAAUGCUGUCAGCAAGCUUAUAGUUUCACUUUGAUAAAGUAUAUGUAAACCUCCAAAACGUCCCAAAAGUUGCCAUUAAUAGAAAAUCACCAAAGGCAUUGAAAGGCAGAGACAAUAAAAGGACAAAUUUAGGCUAUAUUCCUACAUACGUUCAUCUGUUGUCAAACUCACUAAAAUAAAUGGAAUUUAGAUCUAGGUAAUUAUUUAUUAAGACUGCAGUGUUAAGCAUAUAGCUCUACUUGGUAUGUCACAUAGCUGCUUUUCCCCACCACCACCACCACAGAGAGCAAAGGCUAUAGCACAUCCAUGCAUAUCCCCAAUUCUAAAUAGAAUGCUGUGGAAAAAUAGAUUAUGCUUCAAAGAUCAAAGGCGCUAUCAAAUAACUCUUUCUCUGGUAUGAAUGGUAUUCUUGGUAAUUGUCUCUGCCUUUGGAAUAGACAUCAAAAUGCUUGCAUUUAUUUUCAAACUGCAGAGUAUCUGAACAAGGACCGUAGGUUGCUAAAAAAAAAAAAUCUGCUAAGAAAAAAGAAAAA